AUGUCAGCGCGGGACGACCGACUGGAGUCCAGUGUCGCGACCUUCGACCCAGGGCUGAAGCUGUUCGUGGCGAUUGCAGCAAAGAUCUCGACGCUCCAUGCUCUCGCCGGCCGGUACACACAGCAUUUGACACUCGACGACCUCUCUCCGCCAUCUACACCACCCGCCGAAUCGCCCUCGGCAUCCGGCUCAUCGACCCCCUCCUCCUCCUCCCAACGCAACCCUCCUCACGCACCAAAACCCUGGGACACCCUCCUCGCGCAACGCCAGCUCGAUGCAGAACAAGAACGAGUCAAGGUGCUGAUGAAGGCGACCAUCGCGCAGUCGGUGCAUUGGUUGACGCUUGUUUGCGCGCACUUUGGAGUCGAGAUGGCGCAGUUGCCGGAGGAACCGGGUGAGGGGACGAGGUUGGAGAAUGUGUUGGAUGAUGUGCCAGCGCAUGCUGGUGAGAAGGUCGAGACAGAGAAGGAGGGGGAAGAAGAGAAGAAGCGGAGGAGGGAGAAACUCGAGUGGGAGGUUGUAUGGGAACUAGUGCUCGUCUCGCUUGGGCUGGUCGGCGCAGGCCAGCAAGCGGAGGAGCCUGACCAAAAGAAGAAGUCGGGAGGCGUCAACGCAGCAGCGGCGAAAGUCGGCGGCCUCUUCUCCAGCUCGUCGAAGGAGACGCCGGCAAGACCCGACGACAAAGGCGCACCUCCGCCCCUCGACUAUACCGCCCUGUCCCGCUCGCUCAUCAUCUGUACGGCCGACAUCCUCGGCAUUCCCUUGCAGACGGUGCAGGAUGUCGAGCACACGAUCGCCCAGUUCCUCUACUUUCAGCUUCAAGCGGCGAACGAGGAGGACAAGAAGGCUGGCGAGAAGAAGGGCGAUGUAGACUGGGACGAGGCGGCGAAGGAGUACAGGGAAAAGGCAGCGCGGAAGAACAGCACGCUCAAGUGGGCGGCAACGGGUGCUGGCUUUAUCCUCGGAGGGGUCGCCAUUGGCUUGACCGGAGGUCUCGCCGCUCCCGCUCUCGCGCCCGUCCUCGCCGGCACCUUCGGCAUCGCGGCGUUCUCCGGCGCAGGCGGCGCUGUCUUGAUCGGCGGUCUUGCGGGUUAUCGGACUCACCGACGGAUGAAGGGCUUGGAGGAUGUCCGGUUCGAGCCGAUCAAGGACGACGAUGCGCACGAGAUGCCUCAGAUACCUUCUCUGACCGCGACGAUCGUCGCCUCUGGCUUCCUCCUCGACUUGAAGGAUAGCGUGGACCCCUGGCGAUCCUACGCCAAGUCAUCGCGUGUAGACGCUUACGCUCUCAAGGCCGACCCGCAGACCUUCCUCGAAGCAGGUCGUUCGCUCGACAAGUUCGUCAAGAACAAGCUCGUAACGAUGGGCGGGAUUGAAGUGAUCAAACGAACAGCGUUGGCCGCCGUCUACGCUGGCGUCGCUCUGCCUCUGACGGUGUUCAACUCGGCCACGACGGCUUUCGACUCGGACUUCACGCGGUGUAGAGAAAAGGCGAAGAAGGCGGGCGUCCUCCUCGCCGAGAUUCUCGAGAAGGAGGUGCAGGGCAAGCGACCGGUCGUCCUGAUCGGCUACGGACCCGGCGCCUCGCUCAUCUUCUCCUGCCUCCUCCACCUCCACGAACUCAAACUCGGCCACCUCGUCUACUCCGCAAUCCUCAUCUCUUUACCGGAAGCGCCGUCACCCGUCAAGUGGGCGAGCGCAAGAUCGGUCGUCGCGCAUGAGCUGGUCAACGUCUGGAGCGGGAACGAUUUCGUGCUUGGGAUCGCCGCGAGGCUGUACACGCUCAGCACGCGGAUCGCUGGACUUCGCCCCGCCCGCGUCGAAGGCAUCACCGACAUCGACGCCUCCGACCUCCUCACAGCCGGCCACCUCGAUCUCCGUCACAAGCUCCCUCAGAUCCUCGAGCGCGUCACAAGUAAGCGGGACGAGCAGCCUGCGCCGGCGCCGCCCGAGAAGGAGAUGGAGGGAUUGAGCGUGGUGGAGAAGAAGGCGAGGGCGAGAGAGGAUGUGGGUGCGCAGGAGGGUGUGGUGGAGGGCGAGGGGACGGAGGAGGCGAAGGAGCAGGCGGAGAAGCUGAAGGCUGAAGGCUGA